GACACAACCUUCGACGGAGUUGGACGGAUAGCCCCUUGCUCCACUUGGACAAUACAGACAGGCAUUCCCUUGGGUCUUUAGUACAUAACCGCAGUGUCGGUGCUCAGGUUGUAGCUUGUUCGAGUUCAGCUCUUGAAAGUCCUCCAAGACCGGGAAUCUCUUCCCAACAAUAGCCUUGUCCACCUUUUUUUUUCUUUUCUUUUUUUUCCUCUUGCCUCUUGCCUCUUAACGAUCGCGAACCCCUCGGAAGAAAAAAAAAUUUAAGAAAAUAAAAAUAAAAAUAAAGAAGAGUUAUAUCUGUAGCCCCGCGCCUACGUUGCGCUUCGAAGUCGUCCCUCGUCUCCUCUCCCCCUCUAAUAAAUACUACGCAACCUAUCGAGUUAUAUCAACAGCGCACACAAUGGCCGCAGAGAAGCCGUCGGUACUUAUCAUCGGCGGGCUUGGUUAUAUCGGACGGUUCUUGGCCCGAUAUAUACACGAGAACGGCCUUGCAUCCGAGAUUCGGCUGGUGGAUAAGGUACUACCGCAGCUCGCUUGGCUCGCGCCAGAGUUCGAGACUGCGUGCUCCUCAGACAGAUUCAUACAAGCAGACGCAAGCAAAGAGCAGGCUAUGGGACGGAUAUUUGACCGGGCUAACGGUAAGACGUGGGAUUUCGUGUUCAACUGCGGCGGCGAGACGAGAUAUUCCCAGGAGGAUGAAGUAUACAAAGUACGGUCUCUAGGCCUGUCGUUAGCAGUCGGUAAGGAGGCGGCGAAGAGGGGAGUCAGGUGCUUCGUAGAACUGAGCACGGGUAUGGUGUACAAGGCGAAUUCGUCGCCGAGCAAAGAAACGGACAAGCUCAAGCCGUGGAGCAAGAUCGCCGUAUUCAAACUCCAGGCGGAGGAGGAACUCGCCAAGAUUGAAGGGUUAAAUCUCGUUAUCGUCCGAUUACCCCACGUCUACGGCCCGUAUGCAUCCCAAUGGGUGGCGACGGCACUGUGCAUGGCGCGCGUCUACCAAGCGAUGGGCGAGGACAUGAAAUUCCUGUGGACCAAGGACCUGUACACGAACACGGCGCACAUCGACGACGUUACACGGGCGCUGUGGUCGGUGGCCGCGUGGUACGACGCGGGCAAGGCCAACUGGGACGCGAAGAGCAUGGGGCCGACGCCGACGUUCAACGUGGUGGACAAGGGGGCGACGAACCAGGGCACGAUCGCGGAGAUCAUCGGGCAGGUGUUCGGAAUCGAGACGGGGUUCCAGGGCCAGCUGCUGAGCAACCUCGCGCGGCUCAACAUGGACAGCGUGGUGGACGACGUGAACGACGACGUGCUGGGCCCGUGGGCGGACCUUCUCGCCGACGCCGGGAUAACGCGGCCCGGCCCGCUGACUCCGUUUAUGGAAAAGGAGCUGCUGAAGGAUACGGACCUCAGCAUGGACGGCAGCCGGCUGGAGGCGGUGGUUGGGUUCCAGUAUCAAAAACCGGUCAUCACGAAGGAGUUGGUGGAGGAGGUGAUCGAGAGCUACAGGAGGAUGAAGUGGUGGCCGUGAUUGAUUUGAGAGAGGGAGAGGGAGAGAGAGCAGCAGCACUACAAUAACCAUUACCAUAACCAUAUCAUACAAUACCCAAUACCUACCUACCAUUGAUGGUUUUUUGUUUGAAAGCUCGAACAAUAAAGAAAGAGAAGAAGAAGAAGAAAAGAGAGAAUAUAACCUUACAUACCAUACCAUAUCAUACCCUCCCCAAAGAAGACAUUUCCUAACAAAAGACAUAACAUAUACUUA